GUGCGCUUGCGCUGUGACCUGGGUUAGUAACGCGCAUGCGUCUGGUGGGACGGGCCGGCUUGAAAGCCAUGGCGUGGGUACCCGCGGAGUCCGUCGUGGAAGAGUUGAUGCCCCGGCUGUUGCCAGUGGAGCCUUGCGACUUGACGGAAGGCUUCGAUCCUUCGGUACCCCCGAGGACGCCUCAGGAAUACCUGAGGCGGGUCCAGAUCGAAGCAGCUCAAUGUCCAGAUGUUGUGGUAGCUCAGAUUGACCCAAAGAAGUUGAAAAGGAAGCAAAGUGUGAAUGUUUCUCUUUCAGGAUGCCAGCCUGCCCCUGAAGGUUAUUCCCCUACACUUCAGUGGCAACAGCAACAAGUAGCACAGUUUUCAACUGUUCGACAGAGUGUGAACAAACAUAGAAGUCACUGGAAAUCACAACAGUUGGAUAGUAAUGUGGCCAUGCCAAAAUCUGAAGAUGAAGAAGGCUGGAAAAAAUUUUGUCUGGGUGAAAGGUUUUAUGCUGAAGGGGCUGUUGGACCAGCUACUAAUGAAAAUCCUGGAAUUGAUUAUGUACAAAUUGGUUUUCCUCCCUUGCUUAGUAUUGUUAGCAGAAUGAAUCAGGCAACAGUAACCAGCGUCUUGGAAUAUCUGAGUAAUUGGUUUGGAGAAAGAGACUUUACUCCAGAAUUGGGAAGAUGGCUUUAUGCUUUGUUGGCUUGUCUUGAAAAACCUUUAUUACCUGAGGCUCAUUCUCUGAUUCGGCAGCUUGCAAGGAGGUGUUCUGAAGUGAGGCUCUUAGUGGAUAACAAAGAUGAUGAAAGAAUUCCUGCUUUGAAUUUAUUAAUUUGCUUGGUUAGCAGGUAUUUUGACCAGCGUGAUUUAGCUGAUGAGCCAUCUUGACGUAGCUGAUCUCUGAGGGAUAGAAGAUAUUCCUGAUGAGGGCAGCCUAAGUCUGAGGAAGUGCAAUGCCAAUGCAAGUGCAUAUUGCCUCACAUCUUCAACAUUAUUUGAAGCGUUGUCAUCUUAACCUGUGUGACUCAAGUUGUUCCUCAGAAUAUAGACUAUCGAUUUGAAUGUCUGAAAUGUCUAUGGAAAAUUGCACCUAGUUUUUGAUAAACAGUUUUCUGCAGUCACAUGAGUUUAAAACAAGUGCCAUUUAUUGGUGACGCAGCCUACAUAGAAACUGUAUGGUGAAAUUUUACAGAGGUCCUUGGUGCUGUUUUAUUGCUUAUUUACGUAUAUAUAUGUAUACAAUUUUGUUGCACAUAUGUUUGUUUACUAAAAUUUUAUUUGACUCCUGAACAAAAGACAAUGGAUGUCCUCAAUACUAAAAGAUUUUUGAUUAAAUGUCAGUUGUGUUCAUA